AUGCCCGCCAUCAAGCGGGAGAUCAGCCACCUGGAUCAGGAUGUCACCAAUGUUCCUGAGACCCGAACCAGCAGAUCUGGCCGGGCUCUCAAAGCCCCCACCAUGUAUGAACCAGCUACUGCUGCCUCUCGCAAAGGAAAACGUGCCACCAAGAAGGAGGCCAACAUUACUUGUGUCAAAUGUAACCGGGGUAGCUCCCCCAGCAACAACAUGAUCGUAUUUUGCGAUGGUUGCAAUGAUACCUGGCACCAAAAGUGCCAUGAUCCGACGAUUGACGACCAUGUCGUUCAAGUUGCGGAUGCUGAAUGGUGCUGCCACAAGUGCAAGCCUACGCAGGAAAUGGCCGCAGUCCCGAAAAAGGGAAAGACACCAGUCACCCAGAAGAAAAAGGUGCCAGCUCUUGCAAAGGAAAAGGCACCUAUUCACCAAAAUGAAGAUGCAUCAGCUUCUCGAAAGGGAAGGGCAUCAGCCACGCCGAACCGAACCGCACCAGCUGCCUCAGAGGAACCGGUCCCAGCUUUCACAAUGGGACUGCUACCUGCCCCCCAAAAGGGAACAGCUUCAGCUCCUCAGAAGCGAAAGUCCUUCAUUCACCCUCGAACUGGACGAGCUGGAGCUCCUCCACGAUUUUGCAAGGGUACGGAGUAUUCCAUUGAUGCAAGACGUGCAUAUUUAUCCCAGCUCGCCCAUGCCGAGCUGGUCGAACUCGCAGUCAACCUGUCUGUUGAAAACCCGCAAGUCGAAAUGUUUCCCCGAGACAUGGAGAACUACUUCAACGCCAACUACGCAUACCCGACUCAACACCACUCUACCGGCGCUGCUGCGUUAAAGAAGAGACGUCGGGAAGAUUCUCAAGACUCUAGUCCAGCGGUCACAAAUGCCGCAAAAAGGGCGAGAACCAUGCCUCCCCCCGAAAGACCUGCUGCGAGGCCAAAUACACGCUCGCAGUCUGCCACCGCUUCAUUUGGAAGUGGGCGCAAUCACAAGAGGGUCCUCACCUCAAAUUCCAUUCCUAGGACCUUACAGGACAUCCUUGACAAAAAGGCCCGUGACGCAGAAUUCUAUCGAACAUGGUCAGGGACGGCAUCGGCAUCGUUAUCGUCAGCAAUGUCUCACAAAUCUGAAUUGUCGCAGAUGAUCCUUGCCAAAAUACCAGACCACCGUCAGUAUCCAGCGGCCGGUAAUGGCUUUUCUUUGGCAAUGCAGCCUGAAGACCUUGAUAUUCUCCAGGAGGAUGAGGACUGUAUCACAUUCAGUCAUGCAUUUGAUGCAGCAACCCAGGGUAUUUCUCGUAUACGAGACAUGCUGAGAAAUACUUUCCAUGGAUAG